AUGUCAUAUUUGGUUUACGAUUUCCAAACGAUUAGACCGGAAGGUCGAGUUGUUUUAAAAACUAUGGACCCUUUGAACCCUAUGGACCUGAUACCUGUUAACUUUGAUCUACCAGUAGCGGGGAAGAAAUACAAUCAGGGUUCAACUUUAUCAACUAUUAUGACCCAGCUCCAUAGGAGAGAUGAUUUCGAAACGAGAUCACAGUUUUAG